ACCACAACUUGCAAACCUCGAACAUGCGACACGGACUCAGAUCAACGACCACAAGUUGGGCAUUGCUUUACACGAUCUAGUCCCUAAACCGGUCUCCUCCAUCAUGUCCUUCUAAUUCCUCACCGUAAUGCCCUGCGAUACCACAGCCAAACAACCGCCAGUCUCGUUCGCAAUUCCAAUCCUGCCAUGUACCUCCCGCGUUCAUUGAUCUCGCACCUCUAUACAAAUCUCAUCCGCACCCAUCACCCACUCUCUCCUCCCGUCCUACUUCUGGUUGCUCUCGAACCUGACUCGCUAUGCGCGUGUCGCAUCCUCACCGCGCUUCUCAAGCGCGACUACAUCCCCCACAAAAUCCAGCCGGUCUCGGGCUACGCAGACCUGUCCAAGGCUGGCGAAGAACUGGUGCGGCCCAUGAAAACCACAGAAGGCGGUAGUGGUGGACUUGUCAUUUGCCUCGGUGUUGGGGGACUAGUUGACUUAGGAACUAUCCUAGGAUUAGAGGACGAAGAGUCGAACGAGACAAUGUGCGGAGUUGAGGUGUGGGUGCUGGACGCGAGAAGACCAUAUAACCUCGAUAAUGUCUUCGGCGGCCAACCGAUCGAAGCACCUAUAGAUGAUAUCGUCAACGAGACGAGGACGCGCGCUCGGGGGGUGGAGAAAGGAUGCAUUCAGAAAUCAUACAAGUCUGGCAAAGGGGGUAUAAUAGUCUUUGAUGACGGGGAUAUUUCAGGCGACUUAGAGACCGAGAGGAACGCCUACUGCGCGCUGGCAGAAAUGCCUCAAGUCGAUGGGGACGAAAGCGAUGGUGACGAUGAAGGCGAAGACGAAGACGAAGCUCAAGACAGCGCAUCAUCCAGAAAACGGAAGUCGUGGUCCGAUCGCGAUAAUGAAGACGAAGACAGCGAAGCAGAUGAAGAGAGACCACGUCAACGGCGAAGGAGCAACUCGGGAUCAUCUAUCGCGUCCGCCCGAAGCAAAAGCCCUUCGUCCUCCCAACCCGUGUCACCGGCGUCCAAAGCGCAGUCACCGAAACCACAAACAGCAGUACAGCUACGCAGGCGUUUACGAAAACUACGGGAAGAACACGAAUCGGUGCUCCGGCAAUACAACGGUCUAGGCACGUCUUACUCUGAGCCGGUGUCGACACUGGCUUAUUCUCUGGCAUCAGAUCUGGGACGCGAAGACAAUGACAUAUUGUGGCUUGCCAUCAUUGGCGUCACCUCGCUCGAGCUGUCUGGCCACACAUCUACCGGUCUUGGGACGUCUGUUUCAAGAACAAUGACUCUUCCGCAUGAGCAACAUAGAGGAUGGCGGACGACACGUUCUUCUCAAACCUAUGCUCUUCUCCGCGACGAGGUCAGACGUCUGAAUCCCCCGCCCGCCGACCAAUCGCCAGCAAUAUCUCCCAGUGCAGGCAGCACAAGUUCACCCAGCGACACCUCCAUCCGGCUGACACCGGAUCCCCGAUUUCUGCUCCUGAGGCAUUGGUCUCUGUACGACAGCAUGCUGCAUUCCCCUUAUCUUGCGUCUCGGUUACAUGUCUGGAACGAAUCCGGCAUCAAGAGACUCCACAAGCUUCUUGCGAAGAUGGGGAUGUCGUUGACUCAAUGCAGACAGACAUAUACGCACAUGGACAUGGACCUGAAGAAAACCCUCCGGGACCGUCUUCUGAAAUAUGCAGGCGUGUAUGGCCUGGACGGACUUGUCCCGUCCGGCUCAGGGCGAGCAGCCUACGAACAAGAAGGGUGGGGUUUCAUCCGCUCCUGGGGCUGGAAAGCCCAACUCUCGGCCGUCGACGUGGGCGUCAUUCUUGGAGCUAUACUCGAUGUCGGCACAAAUAACAUGCCACCUGCCUCGGCAAUGUCGUCCUCGUCGACAUCAUAUGCAGCUUCUUCACAACAAACAAGCACCUCCGAUGACAUCCCGGAGCGCUCAGAAACACUUCUGCCACGCUUCUUCGCCGCAUAUGACGCCCUGGCACCGAACCACCCGACCCAUCUCCUCGCGGCCAUUCCAGCAGCGCAGCAUCUCCUGCGAUCAAUUCUGCGUACAGGCUCUUCCUUGCUUAUGAAGCACCAGAUUCGCCAUUUACGUGCUUUUCGUAUGGGUGUUGUCAAAGAAGGGCCCGAUCUCGCCCUUUUUGCGAAUAGUCCCGGGGCCUUGGUCAAGCUGGCGUUGUGGGUCGGUGAGGCGCUCGCAGUGAAUGACAAGGACAAAAGCGGCACCGAACCACCAACACCAUUGGUCCUUGCAGCUUUGGACGAGGCGAGAGGGACGUACGUUGUUGUGGGCACGGGUGGAGGAAUUGGUGGUGGUGAAGAUAUGGAAAGCAGGAAAGAGAAGGAGGAACGAAGGAAGAAAAGAGAGGAAGAAAGGGAGAAGAAGAGAAAAAUCCGAGAGGAGAAACGGGCUGCCCAGAAGGCCCAGCGAGAAUUACUGGGAGAUGAUUCUGAUGCUGAGGAAGAAGAGACCGAGUCCGAAUCGGAACCCGAUUCGGAGUCGGACGACGACCAAGAAGACGAAGCCGAACAAGAAAGGAAACGCAAGAGAGGCUACGGGCACAAUCGGUUUGGGAUCGCCUUUCAAGAGGUUGUCGAGGAGACGAAUGCGCGGGUCAAGAUUGAUUCGUUUGAUCAUUGCAUUGUAGAGGUGAAGAAGGAGGAUCUCGCCGGCUUUCUGGAGGGUUUGAGUCUCAAGGCGGUUGUCGGCCGGUGAUUCGAUCUCUUUGAGGGCCAGAGUCGACUGGAGAUGUGGUGGGAGAUGGAUAUACGGCUGAAAGCGGUGGUGGCUGCCGUUGGCAGAGUAUAGGAAGGCAUGACAGUGUGCACUUUAUUGUUGGGCUUCGUUCUUUGAGGAUGUAUGUGAAGUUUUAUGGCUCAUGUUACGACCCUAGAGCCAGGAUGAAAGCUGAUGAUUUGGAGCCAGAGUGCUGGCAGGGGCUGUGAGACGGAAAACGUGAAGCCCAGAGAGGCUGCCUGCUGGAUGCUCGACGCAUGUUUAUUGGAUUUUUCUCGCUGCAUGGCGAUGGGGAUCGGAACAAGCAAAGGUACAUAUCAUACUCGGCGUGUGACGGAUACAAUCUGUUUUGUGUUGCGAAAGAACCAUCAUGACUUACUUCCC